CCAGUUAAAACCUUAAAAAAACCGGUAUUAAUCUGCACGACCGGUAUUCUUCUGACGUCACCGAUCGGUGUUUCAGCCGAUUAUUGUUUUGCCUUGUUGCCCAUUCGUGUCUGCGGCUGAGGUUCGAGUCGCCUGCGGAUUUCGGACGCUUUCGGACCGGUCGGAAGGGCAAGGAUGGCGCCCGUGCCGCUCGAGGGCCACCAGGCGGCCGUGGGCGGCGGCCAGGAGGCCCGCGGCGGCUCCGUAUCGCUCAGCAUGCUCAUCGACUUCAUGGUGCAGCGCACCUACCACGAACUCACCGUCCUCGCCGAACUCCUGCCGCGGAAGACGGACGUGGAGCGCAAGGUGGAGAUCUACAACUUCAGCGCGCGGACGCGUCAGCUGUUCGUGCGGCUGCUGGCGCUGGUGAAAUGGGCGUCGGGCGCGUCCAAGGUGGAAAAGUCGAACGUGAUCAUGCAGUUCCUGGACAAGCAGAGCCUGCUGCUGGUCGAGACGGCCGACCUGCUGACCCGCGUGGCCAGGGACACGCUGGUGCACGCGCGGCUGCCCAGCUUCCACAUCCCGGCGGCCGUCGAGGUGCUCACCACCGGCACCUACGCCCGCCUGCCGGCCGUCGUCCGAGAACGAAUCGUCCCGCCGGACCCAAUUUCGGCCGCAGAGCGCAGACAGACCCUCCUGAGGCUCAACCAGGUCAUCCAGCAUCGCCUCGUCACCUCCGACAUCCGCCCGCAGAUGCGAAAUCUCAAGAUCGAGGCUGGUCGGGUGACGUUCGUGGUGGACCGGGAGUUCGAAGUAUGCCUGACGGUGAUGGGCGAGGGCGAGAACGUGCCGUGGCGCCUGCUGUCGGUCAAGAUUCUGGUGGCGGACAAGGAGACUGGCGAGGGCCGGCCCCUCGUCCACCCUUUGCAGACGCACUACCUUCACGAGGUGCUGCAAUCUCGGCUCGUCGACGAAAAGCAGCCGCUUCACGAGGUUUACGACCUGCUGCACCACUUCUGCCUGUCGCUGCGGCUGGAGGUGUUGUACUGCCAGACGGUGCGGCUGUGUCGCGAGCGCCUCGAGGAGCACGUCCGCAUCGAGGAGUACCGGCCGGGACGCACCCUGAGCGUCAGCUACUGGCGCCACCUGGCCGACCAGCCGCAGCACCGGCUCACGCUGCACGCCGACCCGCACGACGCGGCCAAACCGCUCGCCGUCGCCCACCUGCCCUCGCUGGCGCAGGCCGACGCCCACCUCGUCGAACAGGCGCUCGCCACCGAGCAGCUCAGUGUCGAGCGCCUCCUCGUCCACACCAUCUACCUGCGCGCCAGGGCCAGACUCCAGGAACUUAACACCGAGCUCCUCGCAAUUUGCCAGGACCUAGAUUGUGAACUUCAGGGUUCGCCAGCGGUUUUGUCGGUUGCCGUGUUGCAACCUUGUCUGCGCGCGGAGCUGAUGCUGGUGAGCGUGGACACGCACUCCGGUCAGCUGCUGGUGCACGUGCCGCAGUGGGCGUCGUCGUCGCCGGCCGUGGUGACGGAGGUGCAGAUGGCGCUGAACCACGACCGGACGCGGCUGCCGACGCUGCUGCCCGAGGUGCGCUUUUGGCUGGCGCAGCGCCGCUGCGAGAAGACCCUGCAGCACCUGCCCGCGUCGGCGCACGAGCGGCUGCCCCUGCUGCACGCCGCCGACCACCCCCUGACGCGACUCUCGCGCCACCGCAUGUACGUGCGUCUGCACCGCCACCGCCGCGUCAUCUUGCUCGUCGAACUGCUGCCCGCCGCCGGCUGCCGCAUCCGCACCGCCUUCCACCUCCUCAUGGUCAAGCCCGCCAGCAUCGAGGACAGCCCUGACGACGAUGGUGUCGAGACGGAAUUCCCCAAGACGUAUCUCAGGGUUCAGCACAUGGUGGAGUUGGACAUGUACGUGGCAACACACGGGCCUUGCACGGCCGUGGACGAGAGCUGCGGCCAGAAGCGCAAGGCGGCCGAGGGCCCGGCGGCCAAACGGGCCAAGCACUCGGAAUACUUCAUCCCGGAACUAUCUCACGUGGUGGCCAUGUGCGACGAACGGCUGCCGUUGGUGACCGUGGCGGCCGAGCUGUCGAAACGCGGCAUUCCGCACCAGGGCAUCCAGGUGGAGGCCGGCGCGACGGCCGUCGUGCUGCGCAUCGUCAAACUGCCCACGCGGUCGCCGGCCUUCGAGAAGCGGCUGCUGUCCGUGUCGCUGCGCAUGCAGGGCAAGGGCGGCCGCGCCUGGCUGGCCGAGUUCGUGUUCCACGGCGCGCCGCUCCAGAGCACCCACCCCCGUGAGCAGACCUUCCGCAGGCCCGUCUACUUCCAGUACGAGCUCGGACUCGAGGAGCACGUCCCCGCCACCGUCGACGCCCUCCUCAGGGACUGGCACACCCUCGAGAACCUCUACCAGCUCGUUGAUGACCUCGCUUUCUUUUUCAAAAACGGUGACAAGUACGGCCUGUCAGGGUUGGUGACGAUAAAAUCGUACUCUUACAAACGCUUGGUGGUUUCGUACGGCGCGGAGCGCGCGUUGAGCGUCAGCGUGACCUGGAGUGCGGAGGAGCGGGCCUUCAAGCUGAUCCUGAACCCGAGCACGAGCAACCCGCACUCGUUGGUGCGCGAGCAGCUGCAGGCGCACCUGAACCGGCACCGCGACCUGGCGCUGACCCUGGCCCUGGUGUGCGAGACGCAGGAGCCGCUGCAGGCGCUGGCCAAGCUGCCCGGCCUGCCGCAGCUCGGCGUCUUCCAGUCGAAGCUGCAGGUGGCCACUCAGGGCUUCACCUUGCUGCCCCAGUCACCGACGCACCUUCGCCUCGUCUACCAGGGCGUCUACUGCCUCGAGGUGCGCGUCCGCGGCCAGGGACUCGUCAGCAUCCGCGACGGCUCCUACAGCCACCUCGACCGCACCCACAUCCUCAGCGACCUGACGCCGACGCAGGGCCUCAAGGCGUUCCUGUCCAAGUACGUGGACGAGUCGGCCGUGUUCAUGCGGCGCCGGUCGCAGUCCGAGGACGACAACCCUCCCUCCCCCGUGGUGGCGAUGGAAAACCCGGCGUCCAACCCUGGAAGCGCGUCCGGACAGUCAGAGACGCAGAACACGAGCUCGCCGUCGGUGCCGUCGCCGUUCCUGGGCGGCCUCAGGCCCCAGAGCCCCGCCACGAGGGGCCCUGACGCGCCCACCCCUGCCGCCGUGAUGCGUUUCCACCCCCCGCCGCACACGCCGCCCAGCAACCCGCACACCCCGGCCAGCCCCCAUCCCGCCAUGGGUCACGGCUUUUCGCCGGCGUCCUUCUCCCUAGCGUCGCCUCCCCCGGCGGCCGGAGCGACGGCGCCACUGGUCAACCCUUCGCCGACGGUGCUGCCAUCUCCGUCGCCCAUCUUGCACUCGCCCAAUCCGCUGCCGUCGCCGCUGCUGGCCCAGAGCUCGCCUCAGCAGGUCGUCGGACACUCUCCUGCCGCUGCUUUUCCUCAGGUGACUUUGGCCGAGUCUAGCCCGUUCCCGUCCUCGCCGGCGGCGUCCAACUGGCCCGGAAGCCCGAGCGUGCCCCGCGGCUCCCCGGGGGCCGCUCGGGGGGCGCCGGGGCACAGUCCGGCCUUCACGCAGAGCCCGGACGCGGUGGGCGCCGCGGCGGCUGCCUCGAAGGCGGCGCCGCACAUGUCGCGGGUGCUGCCGCAGCGGUCGUGGGCCGGCGCCGUGCCCACGCUGCUCACCUACGAGGCCCUCGACCUGCUGUGCACCCCUGGGCCGGGCCCCGCCCCCGUCAACCCCCUCCUGCACCCGUGCCCCCUGGAGCGCUUCCUCGGAUCGCUCUACCUGCGAAGACAGCUGCAGAGGCACAUCCAGUCGGACGAAGCGUUUUCGAACUCGCGGGCGAAUUUGCAGCUGCACCCUGUGGCGAACCAGGAGCCGGGCGUGGUGCACAUGAAGACGGACACGAUGAUGUGCCGCGUCUACCAGAACACGACGCACCUGCAGAGUCUGCACAUGAAGCUGUCGCCGCUGGACGAGCACGACGAGAGCUCGUGGAGCGCCGAGGAGUUCCAGCUGCUCGAGAAGUACUUUGAGUCGAAGGUCGCCUGUCCGCCCUUCAAGCCGCAAGCGCUCAUCUCGUUCGCGCGCAUGCUCAUCGUCCCGUACAACGUCCUCAAGGACGUCGUCCAGAUCAUCCGCUUCGAGAUGGUGCCGCAGAUCGGUCUGCAGCAGAACUGGCGGUGGUCGGUGCAGUGGCGGCUGCGCAACCCGCCCUCCGGCUACGGGCUCAUCCCGAUCGGGGUGGCCUCGUUCGUGAUUUGCCGCCAGAAGAUCCUCUUCUUCCUCAGCAUCACGCGGCAGGGCGUGCAGUACCCGCCGGGCGUCGAGCCGCCCUCCACCAUCUUGCCGCUCGUCUACGACAUCAUGACCAACGUCACGCAGCUCGCCCACAAACAGGAGCAGAACCAGGUAAUAACCUCUGCGCUGGCGGCCGCCAACAUGCAGCUGAAGCGGUUCAGCGAGUCGCACGCCGGCUACGAUCAGUGUUCCCUGCUUCCGGCCAUCCGCGACCUGCUGGCCAACCUGGUGAUGCCCAACGAGCCGCAGCCCCUGAUGCCGCCCAUGGCCGCCGCCCAGGUGGUGGGUUCGCCGGCGAUGCAGUCCCCGAUGGGCCAGAUGCACCACUCGCCGCUGCCCCCGGGGCCGCUCUACCCCCAGCAGCAGGCCUCGCCCAUGAUCAACCCGCACCCCAUGAUGCCGCAGUGAGCCUCAAAUCUCAUUCCACACAAUCAUGUACACUUUUGAGACUGUAAAUAAUAAAAACUACUCUUAUUUAAUUCAAUAUAUGUACACCCUAUAUGCGUUAUUAAAAAUUCAAUUGUCAAUAUAUUAUACUCAUUGGAAUCGA